AUGGAUUGCUUCCCCACCGAUUUAUUACAAGAAAUAUUCAUCAGACUCCCAUGCAAGAACGUCGGCAUCUCCAAGUGCGUCUGCACAUCGUGGUACGAUCUCCUCUCCGACCAAUCUUUCACCGCCAACUACGCCGCCAAUUCGCCGAUCACCACCGUCUUCACCGAGCAGUCACAUUUCAUCUCCAAUCCCCCCUCCCUUUUUCAAUUCGCCCCAAAUGGGGAUCUAAUCGCGACCCGCAUAAACCCUAAAUUGCCCGGAAACAAUCGAUACGUCGGAAGAGAAAUAAACUCCACCCUGUACCUCGCCGGCACCGGAAAUGGGCUGGUGUUCUUGAUGCUGCGGACAGCUUUACUUAACCUCGUCACCGAAAAGAUUUAUUUUUUCAACCCAUUUUGUAAAGAAUGUGUUCAAGUUGCAGAAAACAGAUUAGUUUGUCCAGAGUGGAAUUAUGGCUAUAAGUAUAUGAUUGAUUAUGUUCCCGAAAUCAAAAGCUACAAAAUCGUGAGAUUCACCGACCCGGGCAACGAUAAGCCCUCACAAGCGAAGAUUUUCGCCGUCGGGAUCGAUCACGAAUGGCGAAUCUUGGACGACCCGUUAGUUUCGUCGUCACGUUGGUCGAAUAGGGUUUCUUUCCGGGGAUUCUGCCAUUGGGUUUCCGUGGAUAGUGACGGUGUCGUUUCGAUACGCACUCUCGGUUUAUCGGAAGAGAAAUUCACUCCCGGGAUUCGAUUGCCUCGUGAAUUGACGCGAAUUUCGUACUACGAAGAUCGGGUCACGGGAUUGAGAGUGUUCAACGAUCGUCUCUCUCUGGUCGAUCGUUCGGAUUUUGACGAACGUAUUACUAUAUGGACGAUGGAAGAGUACGGAAUUGCCGAUUCUUGGUCGAAAAUUGUCGUACAAUUAAGUUGGCUUCCGAUUGAUAUGAGGGAAAGUGCGGAUCUUUAUCACGCGUUGACAAUAUUACCAAAUGGAAACGUCGUACUUUCUCUAAAAGACAGCGUCGAACUCAUCUCCGUCUGUAUAGAGAAAAAGCAGGCUACUAAAAUUAGGGUUCCCGAUAACGUCCGCAACCGUAGCACAUUGUAUGGAACUGCGUUUGCUCCGAGAUUUUAUCCACUCGACGAGGACAGAAUUCGAAGGCAAUGGCAUAACCGGAAAACUCCGAGUGCGUGGUUGAGUACCGUGUCUAUUGCUCUAUCAGUGUUGGUGUUGGCUUUGUAUGUUAAGAGGUUUCUUGAUUUUGUUUAUGGCUUGUUUCGAUAA